AGAGAGAGAGAGAGAGAGAGAGAGAGAGAGAGAGAGCUGCUUUCCUCUUCACUGAUCUCCAAAGAUUGCUCGUUAGUAAUAUUUUGCUCAGAGGUCUUCCACAGUCAUGUUGAGAUCCAGGGAACCGGGAUCUUUGGCCGUACUGGCCUCCACCCUUCUUCUGAGUUUCAGCGUUGCGUUUUCCCUCGGACAGAAUGACACAGAGCCGGUAGUUUUGGAAGGAAAAUGUUUAGUUGUGUGUGACUCGAACCCGUCUGCCGAAGGAGGAGUGACCUCGUCGUUUGGGAUAUCUGUCCGAGCUGCUGGUGCUAAAGUGGCUUUCUCUGCGGUCAGAGGAACUAACCAUGAACCAUCAGAAAUGAGUAACAAGUCCAUGACAAUCUACUUUGAUCAGGUACUAGUGAACAUUGGAAAUCAUUUCGAUCUUAAGGCGAGUGUAUUUCAAGCUCCUCGGCGAGGCAUUUACAGCUUCAGCUUUCACGUUGUGAAGGUCUACAACCGACAGACAAUUCAGGUCAACCUGAUGCAUAAUGAAUACCCAAUCAUAUCUGCAUUUGCCGGUGAUCAAGAUGUGACCCGAGAGGCAGCAAGUAACGGCGUUCUGCUUCACCUGGAGCGUGAAGACAGACUCUAUCUCAAACUGGAGAGAGGGAACCUCAUGGGCGGGUGGAAGUACUCCACAUUCUCUGGCUUUCUUGUUUUCCCUCUCUAAUUGAAUAGAGCCCAUUUUAAAUGGUCCAGACUGAAGACCAAGGGACAUUUCCUUAUCUGCUUUUAAAAAUGAAGGUAGCAAAGAGAACAUGGAAUAUGUUAGUUUAUUUUAUUUAUUCUUAGGAUCUGAAGAAAUGUAUGUAUGUAUGUAUGUGCGUAUAUGUAUGUAUGCAUUUAAUUAUUUGUGAGAUUCAAAAGGAAGUAGGACAGUGACAAUAUUUGGACUAACUGAUGUCUGGAUAUUGCUUUAGGAAAGAGUGGUUUGUUAUUGUCAGUGAUAUUUUUGCAUUCAGAAGCAUAUUUUGCACGAAAUGUGUUUUGUUAUGUGCUUGUCUUUUUAUUGUUUUGUAUAGCCCUUUUAAAUCUGAUGUUCAGUAGUAGCGUAAUAAGUACAAAAACAGUAACUUCUGUUUGAUCGUUGAUUCUUUUGGCUUAAUGCAUAGGCAGGCAAUGAUAUCUUGCAUUUUUAUAUUACUUGAAUGUAAAUAUACUCAUGUCAUAAACACAAGGAAUGUAUUUAAAAACUCUUUUAGGGCUCAAAUGUUUUAUUUUGCAAGAAGGGUAUAUAAAGUCUUAAAGGCUUUCAUCAUUUACUCACCCUCAUGUUGUUCCAAACCUUUAUGAAUUUCUUUCUUCUGUUAAACACAAAAUAAGAUAUUUUGAAGAAUACUGAAGAAUCUUGGCAACCAAACAGUUGCUGGUAGCCACUGACAAAGUAUGAGAAAAAAAUACUAUGGAAGUCAAAGGCUACCAGCAAUCAUUUAAUUUUUGGGUGGGUCCCAAAAUAGAUUGAAAGAAGAGAAGAACUCAACGCUGUCCGUGGUGCUGAACAACAGCUGUCCAGUGGAAAUCUUGUCAAGCACACAUAUGAAUGAUUAUUAAAUGCUUACAUCAAAACAAGCAGUGCAACAGUUAUCAGUCACAUUUGUUUUGGAUAAAUGUCACCCACAGUUGAGUACAGCAUAGACCUUCA